UCAUGACGGGGCCAUGCGAAAUAGGAUGUGGUCGGGUAUUUGCCCUCCCUACGCCUUCACGAGUACACUACAGUCUCCAUUAUUGAAAAUAAAGCAAACUUUUGAUUUGAGCGCUAAAACCAGCAGUAGCAAGAUUUGAAAAUUGAAUGAGUCCUUAAAUUAUUCCUUUCCUUUUCUAAUAGUUCUCUACCCUACCCCAUACAAUCCAAGCGUUUGUCUCUACUGAGUCUGAUUUCUCAAGUGCGCGCACUCACAAAAUGGGUUGUGUUUCAUCGACAAUGCUAAACCACGAUGACGAUUUCUCCCAAAUCGGUCGCUCAACAGCUUUCAGUCAUCACAUCGUGUCCCUCACCUCCACCACUUAUGGUCUCUUGACCCUCGACCGGCCUACGUCCGACACAGACCACGAUUCUGGUACCGCCACUGUCGAUCCUACUCCGAUCCCAGCUCCGCGCUUCACACUUGAAACCAUUAAUUCAAGGGACCUCAUGUCUGGCCUUGAUUCCGAUCGCAUUCCCAGCUUCCGUUUUUCCACUUUACCGAUUCAUCCGGUUUCUGAUCAUACCGGGUUCUGGCGAGGAAAUGAGGAAAAUUUCAAUCCGAAUGUCGUUAUUAAGUCCUCGAACGAUAUCAAUGUCAGGAGAAAGUAUUCUUUUUCUGAAGAUUUUAAUUAUAGUUAUAUGCUUGAGGGAUUUGAAAAUGUUUGCCCGCCAAAUGGGGAAAACAAAGUGGUGAUUUAUACGACGACGUUGAGGGGCGUCAGGAAGACUUUUGAAGAUUGCAAUGCUGUUAGAUCAGCAAUUGAGGGGGUCGGUGUUGUGGUUUGUGAGAGGGAUAUUUCCAUGGACAGGGGCUUUAGGGAUGAAUUGAGGGAGCUGAUGAGGGGGAAGGAGAUGAGUGAGUUGAUACCCCCAAGAGUGUUUGUGAAAGGGAAGUACAUAGGUGGAAUCGAUGAGGUGAUGAAAAUCGUGGACGAUGGCUCUUUAGGAGAGUUGCUUCAGGGAUUGCCUAAAACGAGAUGCGGGUAUGUGUGUGAGGGGUGUGCGGGUGUAAGGUUCGUGCCAUGCUUCAGGUGUAAUGGGAGUUGUAAGAUGGUUGUGGCGAUCAAACAAGGAGCAGAGGUUGGUGGGAAACAGGAGAAAAAGACCAUGGUUUUAAGGUGUAGCGAUUGCAACGAAAAUGGUUUGAUACUCUGCCCUAUUUGUAGCUGAGCUAAGAAAGUUCGGAUCAUCUUGGUGGCGUCCAUAUAUUUAGUAGAUUUCACUUCAAUGGUAAUCAGUGAUGGAGUUUAGAAACAACAAAGGAGCCUUGAUUUACUCCAAAACUGCAGCCGCAUGCAUGUGGGAACUUCAUUUAAGGUCCAAGAUGGUAUGGGAAAUUCACCCGCUAUUCACCUAGCUAACAUGCUAAAAAAUUGGAUCUGUGAUGGUGUAUAUGCGACGAUAUGAAAGUUAUAGUUGAAUAUAAUCUUCUAGCACUUUGAGCUUUAUCUAUUCUCAAUUAUUGUGCAUGUCAAAUUAAGUGAAAGGCAGAACAAGAGAUUCAAUAAAGUUGAUAUUGUUCCGGACA